UCUGCCACGGACAACCCCCCUUCGUUUCGGACAUGCGCAGUGAGGGGCAGCAAGGCAGCGGUGGAUAAUGAUGGCGUCCUCGGCAGCCCGCAGUUCCACACGUUGGCUUUCAGUUGCCGUGUCCUCUGGAAGUCGCCGUGCUCGUAGUGCGGUCAUCUGUGUGUCCAAUGGAGGGGUUCGCGGUGUUUCUACCCUAAGGUUUCAGAAACUAUGGCCGGGGGGGAACGCACUAUGUGCCGGGACACGGAAUGCCUUGACAUUGAGAGGGUUGCCAGCUCCAGGUCUCAAAUCACCCCAUGCUGUCUGCACAGUGGACUUCCACACAAGUGUCCCAGCUGGAAACAAGCAGGACUUUUACCAGAUCUUGGGGGUACCCCGCACAGCAACCCAGAAGGAGAUCAAAAAAGCCUACUACCAGAUGGCCAAAAAGUACCAUCCUGACACCAAUAAAGAUGACCCAAAGGCCAAGGAGAAAUUUGCUCAGCUGGCUGAAGCUUAUGAGGUCCUGAGUGAUGAAGGGAAGAGGAAACAGUAUGACACAUACGGUACCUCCGGAUUUGAUGCUGGCCAGGCUGGUGGAGGACAGCAGUACUGGAGUGGACAGACCACCAACGUGGAUCCAGAGGAGCUUUUCCGCAAGAUCUUUGGAGAAUUUUCUGGAGCCCGAGGUUUUGGAGACUUCAGUGCCAUAUUUGAUCAGCCACAGGAGUACAUCAUGGAGCUGACAUUCACUCAGGCAGCCAAAGGAGUCAACAAAGAGAUAUCUGUCAAUAUAGAGGCUGCUUGCCAGCGCUGUGAUGGUAAGGGACACGAACCUGGCACCAAAGUCCAGCACUGCCACUACUGCAACGGCUCAGGCAUGGAGACGAUCAAUACGGGUCCGUUUGUGAUGCGCUCCACAUGCCGUCGCUGUGGCGGUAAGGGUUCGGUCAUCUCGUCCCCGUGUCAGUGCUGCCGCGGGACAGGACGGACCAAGCAGAGAAAGACCGUGAUGGUGCCUGUACCUGCAGGAGUGGAGGAGGGUCAGACUGUUAGGAUGCCUGUGGGCAAGAAGGAGGUCUUCAUCACGUUCCGGGUUCAGAAGAGUUCUGUGUUCAGGAGGGAAGGCGCGGACAUCCACUCUGACUUGUUGAUCUCCGUGGCCCAAGCCAUCCUGGGAGGCACGGCCAGAACACAAGGCCUCUAUGAGACGCUCAACUUAACAAUCCCUGCAGGCAUCCAAACAGACCAGAAGAUCCGUCUCUCUGGGAAAGGGAUCGCCCGCGUCUCUGGGUACGGUUUUGGAGAUCACUACGUCCACGUCAAAGUCAAAAUACCCAAGACACUGACAGACAGACAGAGAGCACUGCUGGUGAGCUAUGCUGAGGAUGAGACGGACGUGGAGGGAACAGUGAACAGCAUCACCAACACCACCACAGGUGGGGGCAGCAGUGGAAAGCCGUCUGAGGCAGGGAAGAGGGGGAAGGAAAAAGAGGGGAAACGGGAGGGGGGCUUCCUCUCCAAAUUAAAGGAAUUGUUUAGCUCCUCUUGACAGCCACAAACCAGGUAAAAGGUCCACUGGGAACUGAGAUAGCCCCUCGGCACAUCAAACUGCAGAUGGUGAACGCUCUAGAGAGGGGGGACGGCCACCCGAGCGUUGCCAAAGAGGGAAAUGGACGGGGAUUUAAGGAGUAUUGGGCGUUGCCUGAGGCCUUGAGGGUUUCUGGACUCAUCAGCACGUACCUACCUACCUUGCCCUAGUCAUUCACUAGGAGUGAGUCAUGGCUAAUUGGACUCCUUGCUCUAUGCUACAGUACAUACACAAGAAGAUGUGCCCCACUGCACAAGUUUUUUUGAUUCUCUUGCCCAUCAAAUUCUCACCACGGUCAUUUUGGUCGCAGAAAGAGCUGUCAUAUGGAAGAGAAACAUAUAUAUGUAUGCAUCUGUUGUCCAAUUCUGUUGGUCGCCAGAACUCUUAACCCCAUUGCAGUAACAGUAUCCACAUACACAGAAAUAAAUUCAUGGCCUCAGAUUCCAAAUAAUACAGUAUCUUGGAUGAAAUAGUCCUUCUCACAGAGGAAUAUUACUGAUCUUUUUCUGUUUUUCUAUGAUUUAUUUUGACCCAUGUGUGUUCAUGAGUGCUGUCAGUACUUAUCUUACAAGCCUCAGUGCUGGUAGCUGAAAAAGUUUGGAACAAGGCGAGUUUAGCCUUAAAUUCGUGCAAUUGAGAAUGUGACACAGGGUCUUCUCUCUUUCCUGAGUUCGUCCCCUGUCCCUGACCAAGCACAAUAGUUUUAGAAGUCAGAUCUUAAAACUUGGUCCUUUUCUGUUAAGUCGACAGGUGCCGAUCUGUCUCUCUUAACCUUUCUCACCGUGAGAGUAACAGACUUCAAAAGUAAACCCUAUCUGGUCCCAUCAUAUUUGUAAAUAGGCUGCUGUUAAUCAGUUGUACCAAUGUGUCAUAUAGAAAAGAUAUAAGCUGUAAAAUCUAUAAUAAAGAUGUGGUCUGGAAAUACCCGUUGUUUUCUGUAAAUGAAUGUUGGGAGAGAGUGGAAUACUUCGCCUUUGCCCGGUAGGUUGGUUGAUUCUGAAUGUCAGAUUUGAUUAAUCUUAACGCAAACCAUGAAAUCCAAAAACUCAAUCCUUUUCAUAAGUAACCAGAAAAAAAAGAAAUGACAGAAUAAUAGUCUCUUGAGCUAAUGUAGAAUCCAAUUUAUCUGUCAAAACCACAACAGAUUAAAAAAUAAAACGUUUUAAAAUUAUUUCAGUCAAUGACUUUGAUAAAUAGACUCAUUAUUGUUGUAUUGUGUCUUGAAUUUGUCAGAGAAAGGUCAU